UAGUCUUUUUUGGUGAUUAUUUUGUUAUUGAAUGCAUAAUAUUUCAAAUACUUUCGUCCAGUAAAAUGGAUAGCGACGAGGAAGACUGGAGUCAGCCACUGGGGGUAAACACGAGAAAGGAUGUGAGUCCCGUGGGUGGAUACAUCCCUUCAGGUGACACAACUCGUAGGAAGGUUGGGACUUCUUUGCAAAUCCAUAGAGCUGAUAAUCAUUCAAGAGUUAUUGUUCACAUCGAUAUUGACUGCUUCUAUGCCCAAGUGGAGAUGCUGAGAAACCCAGAGCUUCGAACCAAGCCAUUAGGAAUACAGCAGAAGUACAUCAUUGUAACAUGUAACUAUGUUGCACGAGAGCGAGGUCUGACAAAGCUGAUGUUAGUGCGAGACGCAAAGGAGAAGUGUCCCGACCUUGUGUUGGUCAGUGGAGAGGACCUCACUCACUAUAGGAACAUGUCUUACAAAAUAUCAAAUUUUCUACAGAAAUACUGCCCAUUGGUAGAGCGGCUUGGUUUUGAUGAGAACUUUCUUGACAUUACCCAGCUGGUUGCCGACCGCAUCCGGCAGGGGGAAGAGGAGAUGACAGUGUGUGGUCACUUGUAUGGGGAUGGAGAGCAAGAACAUUCCAGUGGUGGCCAGUGUGGAUGUGGCUGCUUCCAGCGUCUAGUGGUAGGCUCACACUUGGCAGGAGAGAUAAGGGAAGCCCUACAGACAGAGCUCAAAAUCACGUGCUGUGCUGGCGUUGCCCACAACAAACUACUAUCAAAACUGGUGGCGGGCACAUACAAGCCAAACCAGCAGACCACCUUGCUGCCACACAUGACUGCCAGGCUGCUGGCCAGCCUCAACAGUGUUCGCUCCAUACCGGGAAUAGGCCACAGUUCAACCAAGAGACUACGAGAGCUGGGAAUCACAACUGUGUCAGACCUGCAGACUGCAGAUAGCUCCAUUAUAGAAGCAGAAUUUGGUCCUGUCACCAUGGAAACCAUGAAAAAUCUCAGCCAGGGUAUUGACAACACUCCAGUUGUGGCAUUCGGUGCUCCUCAGACACUUAGUGACGAGGACUCCUUUAGGAAGUGUUCUACAGUCUCUGAGGCAAGGGCUAAAAUUGCCCAAAUGUUACAGAGCCUUCUCAGCAGGCUUCUAGAGGAUGGUAGGACACCCCACACCUUGAGAGUAACUGUGCGGAAAAUGUCUGAGGUAAACCGAUAUAACCGUGAGAGUCGACAGUGUCAUAUACCAGCAAGCUACUUUACUGGAUUCUCUUCAGAAACUGUUCCUCUGGUGAUUAGCAAGCUGGAAUGUUUAGCAGAGGGUCUGUUUUUGAAGAUAGUGGAUGUUAAACAGCCAUUCCAUCUCACCCUGAUAAAUGUGGCAUUCACAAACCUUAGUGCCAAAACAAACACUGACAUUGCGAGCUUCUUCUCACACAGACCUGCGGAUUCAAAACCUGAUAUGAUGAAAGAAAGGUUGCCAAAUGGGUUAUCCGAUAAUGAUGUGGAUGAGUCAGAUGAAGUGAAGAACACAACCACAUCUCCAAGUUCCUCUCUCGGAUAUGGUUUAAUACCUCAAGGUGUUUCUGCAUCAAAGUCUCUGCCUGCUUUGAAGACCUUACACUCUGAACUGGUAGAACAUGAAGGUAAAAUAAACAAUUCUAGUGACCAAACUCAAGUCAUUGUGAAAACCAAAAAUGUACGCACAUCUGGUGUUAUGAAAUGGUUAAUGUCACCAAGUAAAAUUCAUCAAAGUGAUGUGCUUUCUCUGGAAAACACUGGUGCAAAGCAUUCACAAAGUGUCAAGAAAAGAGGAAGGGACUCUGACCAAGCCGAAGACUCUGACAUGAAAUAUAAGCAAAAUAAGGUAUUUAAAGUUGGGUGUAGCUGUGUAGAUGAAUAUGCUUUCUCUCAACAUCAUCCUAAUACUCAACAGGAAAUGAAUAAAACAUCCAGUGGCAAACAUAGCGAAAAUGUUGAAGGAACAAACAUAAUUUCUUCAAGCUCAAUCAAUUAUGAAACCUGUAGAUCAGUGCCAGGUUGCAGCCAUGACGUAGAGUCAGUUGUUGUUGAUACAAUCAAAGAGCCUGAUAAAGUGACUAUCCCUGAUAACAUUGAUAAGGAGGUGUUCCUGUCACUCCCAGCUGAUAUCCAGCAGGAACUGGUCACAGACUGGAAACAAAGAAAACCCUGUAAAGCAAGAUAUCCCGGAAAAGUGUGUACAAGUACCAGCAGUCAACCACAGUAUCCAUUUACAAACAAAAUGGGUGUUAGAUUUGGAACUGGGAAUAAGACGCUAUCGUCACAAAAUGAAAGCAAGACGAUCAGUAAUGGUAGCCAGGAAAUAGAGAAAUCAAGUAGUGUACCCAAAGAAGGUGAAAUAGAUAAAUCUAGGUUGGACAAAUCAAAACCUUUUUAAAAUGCCAGACUCUUCUUCUAAACCAAACAUUUUAUCAUAUUUUAGUAAACGUUAGUUUGAUAGUGAUAUAGCUGGGUGCGUUAGUUUGAUAGUGAUAUAGCUGGGUGCGUUAGUUUGAUAGUGAUAUAGCCGUGUGCGUUAGUUUGAUAGUGAUAUAGCUGGGUGCGUUAGUUUGAUAGUGGUAUAGCAGGGUGCGUUAGUUUGAUAGUGGUGUAGCAGGGUGCGUUAGUUUGAUAGUGGUGUAGCAGGGUGCGUUAGUUUGAUAGUGGUAUAGCAGGGUGCGUUAGUUUGAUAGUGGUAUAGCAGGGUGCGUUAGUUUGAUAGUGGUAUAGCAGGGUGCGUUAGUUUGAUAGUGGUACAGCAGGGUGCGUUAGUUUGAUAGUGGUACAGCAGGGUGCGUUAGUUUUAUAGUGAUACAGCAGGGUGCGUUAGUUUGAUAGUGAUACAGCAGGGUGCGUUAGUUUGAUAGUGAUACAG